UAAAAAUGAAUCGGGGAUGAAUUAUAGUGGCUGAGAUUUCUCCGCCUCCGUAGCUUCUUUUACCUUUCAUUGCCACGACGAUAACACUCUUCUUCUUCUUUGUCCUUAGCUUCUUCGGAUAUCUGAGUUUUGUUUAGAAAGGGUCAGAUUCUGACUUACAUUCAUCGGCGAGCCCAGGCGAGUUCGCUUCCGUACUUGAAUGCCGAUCGAUCUUUCAACUGUUUGCGUCUUCCAUGGCAGUUCUCGAAGGUUAGGGCAUCAUCGGGAGAUUCGCUAGGGUGAGAACUGUGGAAAGAGAGAACUCUUUCGAAUUGCAGCCUGGAGACAGCCUCUCUGCCUAUCAGUGUAACGGUGGAUCCAAUAGAUUUCUCAGAAGGUCUACCGAUUUCCCGGUUUUUUCUUUCUGCAGAAGCAUAUUUAUUCAUCAAGUAACUUCAAGGGUGACACGGAGAACGACGGCUUUGGUGUUUAUAGUAUUUACCAUUGGUAGAUAUGAAAGGCGACCUGUGUUUUAUCAGUGGCUCUUUGGUAAGGAUUUGAAGUGGCAGUAAAUGGAGACAAAUUCUUCUGGAGAAGAGUUGGUGAUUAAGACGAGAAAGCCAUAUACGAUAACCAAGGAACGUGAACGGUGGACUGAAGAGGAACAUAAUAGGUUCUUAGAAGCCUUGAAGCUGUAUGGGAGAGCAUGGAAAAAGAUAGAAGAGCAUGUAGGAUCGAAGACAGCUGUGCAGAUAAGAAGUCAUGCUCAGAAAUUUUUCUCUAAGGUGGAGAAAGAGGCCCAGGCUAAAGGUUUUCCGCUAGGCCAAGCUCUGGACGUAGAUAUUCCUCCUCCACGGCCCAAAAAGAAACCGAGCAAUCCUUAUCCUAGAAAGACAGGAAAUGGAAAUCCGUCCCAAUCGGCUGCAAAGGAUGAAAAGCUACCAACAUCAACUUCUGCUUUGAACUGUAUAGAGGCCCUAGUAUCAGAAAAUGGGUCGCUUUCUGAGAUGCCUAAUGAAGAAAGGCAGCCUUCAAACCCGGAAGAGAAUCGGGAAGAUGGCUGUUCAGAAUGUUUCACCCAUUCCCGCUCUGCAUACUCCAUGAAUAAAAGUUCUGUGGAGACCACAGCACUCGUGAAUGGAUGCACAUUUAGGGAGUUCUUGCCUCUACGAAAAGAGGCAAGUCAGGAUAAUGGGAAGAUAAAGGCUUCAAACUCAGAGAAUUACUGUGAUGCGCAUACCAAAUCUGUACAAGGGUCAGUCAAAAACAAUGUCCAUGGCAUAUCCCAUAUAGAUGAUCAAGGACCUCAGACAUAUCCAAGACACGUCCAUACGCAUGGCCUUGAUAGGAGCUCAUUAACAUGUUCUAUGUCACCUUUUCCCACGGUGCCUGACGAAAUUCAUGGCUACCCGAACAUGUUCGUUGAUCCUUCUGCAUCUGCUACAAGAUCUGAACAUGAAAAUGACUCCCCAAGAUCUACUCCCCGUGCGUCGCCAGCAUUUCAUCCGGCUGAUGCUCCAACACCCAAUGCUCCAGACAAUUAUCGGCCAUUUGCUAACCUUAUUCUGUCAACCCUUUUACAGAAUCCAGCCGUCCAUGCUGCAGCAACCUUCGCAGCGUCAGUUUGGCCUCACAACCCGGGUGGCCCAUCGACAUGCGCUGAGGGAGGGUUUCCAGCUGGUCAAGUGUACUCACCCCCGAGUUUGGCUGCUAUAGCUGCCGCUACUGUUGCGGCUGCAACUGCCUGGUGGGCUGCUCACGGUUUGCUGCCUUUAUGUGGCCCUUUUCAUUCUGCCUUCCCCUGCCAUCCUCCUCCAACAAAUGUAGCUCCAUCUGAUGAUAAUGGCCAGAUUCCACUCGCAAGGGUAAACCCAAAGGAGAACACUCUACAGAAACCUUCAUUGCAGAGUCGAGAAGAGGGUCCAGAAAACUUUGAGGCAUCAAAGGCUCAAUUUUCACCCGCCAAAGCAGUAUCUUCACCAUCAUACUCGGAGGAUAGCGAAAGAAGGAAGACUGAAACUGGAACUAAGCCAGGCUCUAAUGAGCAGCAUGCAGCUGAGACUGAUCAAAAUGGAGACAAAAACACAAAACAAGUAGUAGACCGAUCUUCGUGUGGCUCAAACACGUCCUCUAGUAGCGAUGUUGAAGCAGAUGCAUCUGAGAAGCUUGAGAAAGGCAAUGAUGAGGUGAAAGAAGCUGAUGCAGACCCGAAUCCACCGGCAGCUGAGUCUAACACUCGUCGCAGUAGAAGUACUAACAACUUAACUGACCCAUGGAAGUCGGUGUCCAAUGAGGGACGACUGGCCUUUCAAGCUCUCUUCUCAAGGGCGGUAUUGCCACAAAGCUUUUCACCCCCACACGACGCCAAAAAAAAGAAAAACCGGACAGAAAACAAAGACGAGGAGACGAAGAAAAACACGGAAAGAGAAAACGGAGAGACUCUGGCUCUCGACCUUAACAGCAAGGCUCGGGCCGCUGACAGUGAUCAUCAAGAGGAGGAGAAGGGAGACGGUUUGGGAAGCGGCAGGGAAAACACAGACCAGAAAGGAUUUCUAGGUAUCGGAUUAGGGACAUCAAAGCUUAAGGGAAGAACAGGUUUCAAGCCUUACAAAAGAUGUUCAGUUGAAGCAAAAGACAACACAAUCAUCGACACCACCUCCCUCAACCAGGCUGAGCAGAAAGAUUCUAAACGCAUUCGCCUGGAAAGUGAAGCUUCAACUUGAAGAUUUGAAAGACUUAUUACCAUAUGGUCUUUUUUUUUUAAUUUUCUUUAAUUCCUAGACAAUUUGAUAUUAUUAUGCCUGUCUGAUGCAUUUGUAUUUGUAUUUGUAUUAUCCACAACUUUGAUAUUCGUUCUAACAUUUGCAAUGCAUA